UUUGAGCCAUUUAUUAUGUAUAACGUAUUAGUCAAAACCUAUUAUAUCGCUUUUCUUUUCUUGUUUGCAGUGCCUCCUUGGUUAACUAGAAUUACAGAGAGAAUAAAUGAGAAAUCAGGGUUAUUUCCUUCAUCAAUUAAUCAUGUGCUUAUCAAUGAAUACCUUCAUAACCAAGGAAUAAUGCCGCAUCAAGAUGGACCAGCUUAUUAUCCUGUAGUGGCAAUUCUUUCUCUUGGAUCUCCUGUAGUUAUGGAUUUCACUCCACAUCCUAAUUUGAGCAGCAGUACACAUGGAAACGGUGUUGAUGACAAAAUUUCUGACCCGGGGGCUGCUGUGAUGAAUUCUGGUGAACAGCUGGAUAAUUGCCAUCCAUUUUCUAUCGUAUUGAUGCCUCGGAGUUUGUUGAUAUUCAAAGACUUGGUGUACUCAGACUACUUGCAUGGUAUAAAAGAUUCUGAGGUGCAGCGAUGUAACGAGGCUGUAAAUUUAACAAAUGCUCAAAAUCAUGGAGUGGUUCAGCAAUUAUCAGGUUCGGUGAAAGCACUUGAUAGUGAUGACACUGUCAUUUACAGGGCUAACACAAGAGUUUCUUUGACCUGUCGAGUAGUAACAAAGGUUUGUAAAAAUAUUUUUAAGUUCUAGCUUCAUACAGAAAUAAAACUAGUCAACAGACGCAACGCCAGGAUGAGUAGAUCACUGAGUCCAGGAGAAUUACAACCACCCUGCAGUUUUGUUGAAAACCUUAAUGAUUUAACAAUUUAAAUGUAACAUAGCUAGAUUAAUCCAUUUCAUCUAUGCAUAAUUGAUUGCCAUGUAUUUUAUGGGGCCGUCCUACUUGUUUCGUUGCAUUUGAGAACUUUUUGUAGGACUUGAUGUCUAAUGGUGUAUAGGGAAAUUUUAGGUUUAGUUA